AUUUUCCAGUUUCCUCCACCAAUACGCCGUCGUUUCACAUUUUCCGGCCACUCUCCUCCUUCUAACUAAUCUCAUUCCCAUUAACAACUUUCAGUAAUUAUUAUCAUUUUAAUCCUUUAACCCAUGUCAUUUUGGCGUUUAAUUUCUACCGCCGUCACUAACCCGACCAAAACCCCCAACACAAUCCGAUGUUACUCGACAUCAUUUUUAAAAACCAAAACCCCAAAAUCACAGACCAAAAAACGCAAAAAGAAAGAAUCUGCACGGACAAAACAUGUCCAACACGAGUCCGAAAGAAACCCGUAUUUCGAAAACAUCAUUACCCGCGACAACCACUUUCGGUUUGUGACAAAAACAAAAGACUACCUGUCAAAACAGCCGCAACAAGUGUUGCGGCUCGAUGACGCUGGCAAACUUUACCGCGAGCUUGGGUUUGCUCGCGGGCGAAAAGUUUUAAAGUUUAUCCAGCGUCAUCCGUUAGUUUUCCAAACUUAUCGUCACGCUGACGAUAAGAUAUGGUUCGGGUUUACGGAUUUUAUGGAAAAUUUUUUAGAAGAGGAAAAAGGGGUUAUGGAGAAAAUGGAAAAGGAGAGGGUAGAUGUUGUUAGGAAAUUGUUAAUGAUGUCGGCGAAUAAACGGAUUCCCUUAAGUAAGAUUUAUCAUUGUCGUUCGUUGUUCGGGAUACCCGAGGAUUUUCGAGAUCGUGUGAGGGAGUAUCCGGAGUAUAUUAAGACGGUCGUUGAGGGAGACGGGAAGAGGAUUUUGGAGCUAGUGAAUUGGGAUCCUAAACUUGCGGUGAGUGCGUUGGAAAGAGAGUUUAUGGUAGAUGAAGAUAAAGCGAAAAAAGCGUUUCAGUUUAAGGUGAAACAUGGGAAGUUGUUGGAUUUGGGUGAACAAGAUGAGCGAAAGUUGAAUUUGUUGAAUACGCUUCCUCUUGUUUCGCCGUAUUCUGAUGGGGCGAGUUUGGAUCUUUGGACGUUGGAGGCCGAGAAGUAUAGAGUUGGGGUUAUUCAUGAGUUUUUGAGUUUGACUUUGGAGAAAAGAGCGUCGAUUCAUCAUAUCGUGGCUUUUAAAGAGGAGUUCAGUCUCACUAAGCAUACUUAUUCGAUGUUGUUGAAGCAGCCCAGGAGUUUUUAUCUGGCCGGAACAGAGAUGAAUUGGACCGUGUUCUUAAAGGAUGCUUAUGAUGAAAAUGGGGUCUUGAUUCAUAAAGAUCCGCAGGUUUUGUUCAACGAGAAGUUUUAUGAAUUUGCAGACAAGCAAAAACUAGAUAUCUGAGUAACAUAUUAUGAGCUGUUUUGUUUAAGGUGCAUCCUCUGAUCAGUUUAUCAGUGCUGCAUGAGUGGUUACUGAAGAAAGGAAUGAUGCUAAUCAACAUAAAACCUCAAAAGUGCACAAGACUAGUCAUUAUGUUGACCUCUAUGAAACUUCUUUGUCUUCAAGCUUAACGUGGAGUGCUUUAGCCUCGGUUGAGCAUAACAUGAUGCAUUUCGAGCUCCAAAGUCACUCAAAUAGUCAAAAUGCGAUGGUUAUAUGUCUCCAUAUCUAUUUCCAUUCAUGUAUCUCUCUUCAUCCUUUAAUCUUGACGUGUUUCUGUUCACAUCAAGUAAAUGGGAGAACAUGGCUUUCCCUUUCACCCUUGUCAGUUGGUUAGUUUGAAAUUACAGAAGUUGCUACUCAAGUGUUUACCCAUUCCACCAUUUUAGUGUGAUGAAUAGUAAUGGUCAAGCUAUAAUUUGUGGUAA